CUCAUGUAUACCCUGCCACCCCCACUCUUCCCUCUCGUGUUGUUCUCAGAGUCUACCUCUCCGAAGAAGAAAGAAAAAACAGAGAAAGAAUGGGGCGCGUGAGAACCAAGACGGUGAAAAAAUCUUCUCGCCAGGUUAUCGAGAGGUACUACUCUCGCAUGACCCUUGACUUCCACACCAACAAGAAGGUUCUAGAAGAAGUCGCACUCAUUCCUUCCAAGAGGCUCCGCAACAAGAUCGCAGGCUUCUCCACUCACCUCAUGAAGCGGAUUCAGAAGGGACCGGUCAGAGGCAUCUCCCUCAAGCUUCAAGAAGAGGAGAGGGAGCGUCGCAUGGACUUCGUUCCUGAUGUGUCCGCCAUUGACAUUCAACACAUCGAGGUCGAUAAGGAGACAAUCGACAUGCUUCAGUCUCUAGGUAUGUCUGACGUCCCUGGAAUCACUCAGGUCGAUCCUGUUCCUGUUCAGCAGAUCCCGUUUGGCCGCCCUGGCGCUGGAUUCGGCGGUGCUCAGAGGAGGUACUGAGAAAAAGAAAUUUUCAAUGUGUUGGAAUCUUGUUAUCGAUAUUAGGGUUUUUAAUUUGGGGGAAAAAGGAUUAUGUUUUGCUUGAACAGUUUUGUUUUUCUUGUUUCUAAUUAUUGUCUUUUGAAAUUGAUACUCUGGUGACUUGUUAGUUAAAUUCUGCGAUUUAUUUUUAUAUUGGAUUAUUAUGAUUUUGUUA